AUGGCGGACUGGGCUAGAGCUCAGAGCCCCGGGGCCGUGGACGAGAUUCUGGACCAGGAGAACAAGCGGAUGGCAGACCAUCUGGCCUCCAAGGUCACCCGGCUCAAGUCGCUGGCCCUGGACAUCGACAGGGACGCAGAGGACCAGAACCGCUACCUGGACAGUAUGGACUCGGAUUUCUCGAGUGUGACGGGCCUGCUCACCGGUAGCGUGAAGCGCUUCUCUACAAUGGCGCGGUCUGGGCGGGACAACCGGCGGCUUCUGUGCGGUGUGGCCUUGGGCCUGCUCGUGGUCUUCUUCAUCCUCUCCUACCUCCUGUCUAGGGCGAGGACGUGAGGAGCGGGUUGGGGGCUUUCCUACAAGACACCCCUUUGUGUACGACUGUGAGUCAGCAGCCUUUUUUCUGCGAGGCACGUCAGCUGGUCUGUGUGUGGAAGGGGCCCUCCUCUUGGGUGCUGGAGGCAGCUCCUUCCCUUCUGUGAUCUGAGGGGCCCAGCAAAGUUU